UGAUUGAGCUCAGUUGUAGCUUGUUGAAAUAAAUUACACUUAGUUUAAUUAAUUUUUUUUUGUAUUUUAUUUUAAAUAAAUUAGAUGUCGCGUUUUGUAUGACUCAAAAGUAAAUAUUUUUUUUUUUGAUUUCGUUACUAUAGUGAUAUUUUCCAAAGUCUGGUUUUUUAUUAUUAUAUGUUUUUUUUUUCAAAAAGUGAUAAAGAUAUUGUAAAAUUUUGACGGUAUCUAUCCAAAUUUACUAAAAAUAUGUUAUCAAUAAAAUAAAAAAAUAGUGAUUGUAAAUUUAUCAAAAUUAUCAAUUUAUAAUUUAAAAUAUUUCAAAAAAUUUAAGAAAAGAAAUUUUAUUUAUGUAUGUACCUACAUUUAUAUGUAUAUGUAUUAAUGUAUACCGUUUCGUCAUUAAUAAUAAAAAAAUCAAGUCAUCGUGGGUCAAGCAACAUAUUAUUUAUCACAUGGUCGUCUACUGAAUUCUAUAAUGAAAUUAAAAGUAUAUAGUCAAAUUUAGAACUUUUUUAAAUUUAAAAUAUUUUUUUGUGUUAAAAGAAAAACUGUAAAAUAUAUAUGUAUGUAUGUAUGUAUUAGCAUAUAACUAAAUUUUGUAUGUGUGUCUAUUUAUAAAAAUCAUAAAUAAAGAAAUUUUGCGUUUCACCCAUUCUCUGGAAUAAAUUACGGAAUUGGAUUAAUCACAUAAAAAGUUUAUGAAAAAUGGCGACCGAUCAAGAAGAAAGUAAAUUACGAUUUAGACGGACUCAAAGUGUGACAAGAGCUGAAGAAAUUACUACUAAGGAACAAAAGCAAAGAAAAUCACAGCCAGAUAAACCUUGCCAUAAACCUAGAGAUUCUUUAUUCUCAUGGAGUUCAGGAUUUGAUAAUUGGACCGGUUUAGUCAAUUGGGGUUUUCUAUUGCUAACAAUGGGUGGUUUUCGAUUGUGCUUGGAAAAUUUACUCAAAUAUGGUGUAAGAAUAGAUCCAAUACAAUGGUAUAUUGUAUUAAGUGGGAAAAAUGAAGGAGAAGGUCAUCCAUCUUUAAUUUUGGUAGUAUAUUCUUUAGUACCAAUAACAAUAUGCUUGUUACUCGAAAAAGGACUUUCGUUGGAAAUUAUUGGAGAGAGUGCUGGUAUGUUCGCACAAGUCGUUAACAUUAUUGUUUUAGUUUUAAUACCAAUGGUUGUAAUACAUGUCAGGGAAUAUUCAUUUAGUUUAGUUGGUGCAACCACAGUUUGCUUUCUGUACUCAAUUUUAUUUAUGAAAAUGUGGAGUUAUGUUCAAGUUAACAUGUGGAGCAGACAAGCUUUAAGAGAUGAAAGAUGUUCAACAAAAAAACGUAGACCAAGUGUUUCGAUUGCAGAAUUACAGAACGCUCAUAAUACGGAAUCCCACAAUCAUCAUGAGGAAGAUAAUUCAAAUAUAACAGAAUUGGUUCAUUAUCCAGAUAAUUUAAAUUUUAAGGAUUUAUUCUAUUUUCUAUGUGCACCAACAUUGUGCUAUGAACUUAAUUUUCCUAGAACUACUAGAGUACGUAAGAGAUUUUUAAUUAAAAGACUGCUUGAAGUUGUAAUUGGAGUUAACGUUGUAAUGGCCUUAUUUCAACAAUGGAUGAUUCCGUCCGUCAAAAAUUCAUUAGUUCCUUUUUCAAAUAUGGAUGUUAUGAAGGCUACCGAGCGUUUACUCAAACUGGCGAUUCCAAAUCAUUUAGUAUGGCUCUGUUUCUUUUAUUUAAUGUUUCAUUCGUUCUUGAAUUUAUGUGGAGAAUUGUUGCAUUUUGCUGAUAGAAACUUUUAUAAUGACUGGUGGAAUGCAAAUAACAUUGACACGUUUUGGAGAACAUGGAAUAUGCCAGUUCAUAGAUGGUGCGUUCGACAUCUAUAUAUUCCAGUUGUAGAAAUGGGGUAUUCAAGCCGACAAGCUUCCAUUAUUGUGUUCUUUAUUAGUGCUUUCUUCCACGAAUAUUUAGUUAGCGUGCCAUUAAAUACUUUCAAAAUUUGGGCUUUUAUGGGUAUGAUGGGUCAAAUACCAUUAUCAGCUAUUUCUAAAUUUAUGCAAAAAAAUUUUGGACCAAGAUGGGGUAAUAUUGUAGUCUGGGCUUCUAUAAUUUUAGGACAACCACUUUGUAUUAUGAUGUAUUAUCAUGAUUACGUUGUAACACACUUUAGUGGAGUAUUAUCUGCUGAUAAUACAACUUCUACAGAAAGUUAAAUUAAACUGUAUGAAAUUUAAGUUUAGCUUGUAUUCAAAACAAAAAAUUUUAUAUUAGCUUGAAAUAUUUUUUGCAUUUAGCCGCAAGAUUAAAAUGACCAAAUUUAUAUGAUAAGUUGUUAAUAUAUUUUGUAUAUGUAUGUAUAUAGUUUGUUAAAAAUUUGUUUAAGUAAGAACAAAAAUUGAUACAAAAAACUUCAAUUAAAUUUAAGUACCAAUA